CUUAGCUCCGAUCCCAAGCCCGGGGCUCACGAGCUAGGCGCGUGAUUGGAAGGUUGGCAGGUGAGCGGCAUGGAGUUUAAAGCCGCCCAAAUGCGGAGACAGAAUUCUCAUCACUUUCUCCGUCGCUGUUGUCGAUUGCAGAGAUGGUUCAGGUUCUCGGGUUCCCUGUUCCGAUGGCUGUAAUUCCCAGCUCUUGUUCCAAGAACGCGUGGCUAAAUCUCCGCCGCCUGCCGUCAAAUUUUCCAGCACCCUCGCCGCUGCAAAGCCGGCCACUCCCUUCUCGUGCCAGGAGUAGUCCUGUGGUGGCAUUCGACUUAAAAGGUGGCCGAGGCAGAAUGAGCGGAUUCCAUGAAGUUGAGCUCAAGGUGCGUGACUAUGAAUUGGACCAGUAUGGUGUUGUGAACAAUGCUGUUUAUGCAAGUUACUGCCAACAUGGUCGUUGUGAACUUUUGGAAAUGAUUGGUAUAAAUGUUGAUGCAGUUGCCCGCACUGGUGAUGCUAUAGCAAUAUCAGAGCUGUCACUUAAGUUCCUUGCACCUUUACGAAGUGGUGACAGGUUUGUUGUGAAGGCGAGGGUAUCUGACACUUCAGCUGCUCGCAUGUACUUUGAACAUUUCAUCUUCAAGCUACCAAAUGAGGAGCCCAUUCUUGAAGCGAAGGCCACAGCUGUGUGGCUUGACAAAAGCUAUCGUCCCAUCCGUAUUCCAGCAGAAGUGAGAUCUAAGUUUGUUCAAUUCAUUCGGCAUGAAGAAUUUAAUUGAGUUUGCUGCUUGAAGAUUCAGCGAAGAUGCCAACGGGCUGAAGACCUGGUAUAGCCAGUUUCUUUCCCACUUAUCCUGGUAUAUCCUCAGAGGCUAACUUUUUUUUUUGUUUGGCUUUAUUUUUUGUUAAUUUGGGUGCCUCCCACACGAAAAAGGAAGCUUUUUCUUUUUUUGUUCUUUCAGACAAGGGGUUGGUCGAGAGAAUGUUACAAAACUAUUACCUUUUGGAAGUGAAAAAGCGAUAAUAUUUGCUAGAAAACCAUUAGUUAAGAGUCCCUAUACUUGUGAAUUUGAAUUUGAGAGAACAUUCUGAUAGAGAAUAAAGUUAAUACACUCUGUAACCGUUGAGUCUACAUAUAUUGCAUCUUCUGGUUUUUGCA